AAUACGUACAUACAUAUAUGUAUAAAUUCUCCGGAACCAGUGUGGCACUUGUUUUAGAGGUGAAAAGUUCUAAAACUGGUUAAAGAUUAUUCGUUGUGAGUUUAUAUGUAUUUAACUAUAUAAAUAAAAGCCACGCAUUUAUGUAGCAUUAUGUUCGUACCGAUUAUUUCUAUGAUUUUUGUACUACUUGCUGAAGCAAGUUGCGGCGGUCCCCCUCGGCAAGUGCAUGCCGGAUUGGCGAAAGCAUUGCAAAAUAGGGACAGUUUGACGGAAAGUCAACUCGGUGAGGGUAUCGAAGUGGAUGAAUCGUUCAUUCAAAUCCGCUCAAAUGAACCAGGUAUCCUUUCAAGUAGUCCGGGAUGUCCAAGGUUCAAGUUAAAUAUUUUAAUGAGUAAUUUUAAGAAAUUAAAAAUUCACAUUCAACACCAUGGCUCCAAACAAAUAUAUGGUGGCAACUUGAUUAACAUUGAAUCUGAUAUCUGAUCCGAUAUCUGAUACAAUCUUAAGCAAAUUGAGACAAGAUAUCUGUUCGGAACCAUAUUCAACACGACUAAUUAUCGUGCCCACAGUCCAACCGAUGGUUACCCAUGGGUCAUGUUUGGCACGCCGGCACGUUGCUAUCUAACAGGUUUUCAAGACCCGUGUCCCCUCCACAUGAAAUUAUUCUAUAAUCAAGACUCUCCCGAAUUCGGGUAUUGUUCAUGUGAUUUCUUCAAUAAUGAUCCCUCCUCUCCAGUUGAAUAUUACUGCAUGCGGAAGGCGAAAGAGUGGCAUUCGGAUACGGAACUUCGAGCGUAUGGAUUUUCCUCGGAAACGGAAUCGUGUUACCCACUAUUUUCUCAGGGUCCCUGCAAAUCAUACGAGUGGUUUGUCCUGGAUCCUUCAGGGACGAAAUCCAUCUGCACCAAGAGAAGCUGUCGAAACUCGCGAGAUGCAGAUAAAUUGAUCUUUUAUUCGAGCAAGACUCAAUCUUGCGUGGAACUUCAUGCCCAAUGCCCACCUGACAGAAAUAAUGGCCGGUCUCAGACAUACGGAACUUAUAGAUACACUUUCAUAAAAAGUAGUUGGAUUCCGCAGUGCAUUUAUCGCGAGGGCGAACGUCCCUUUACUGCCGCUCCUGUCCCGAUGGGUGAAUUACGUUGUUCUGAAGGAAAAUUGUUUUCUAAAUUGUUGAAACGGUGUGUCACCCCUUUUAGAAAAUUGAGUGGGAAUAUUGGCUGAAAAGUAGCCAUUUUUAAAUAUGGAGCAUCACUGCAUCAGAUUAAAGAAAAUGUUGAAUUGACUUAAUAACUAUAUACAAUUGAAUAGAAAUAAAUAAAAGUAUCAGUGCGGGAAGUAUUGGGUUGAAUGCAACUUAUGCAUGCAUGAAUUUUGGUUCGAUACGAAAUUUGUU